CCCUCAUAAUAUCACAACAACUCUGACUGACUCCAGAUUACUGUCGAGUCACUAUGGACGAUCCACUGGAAGCUCCUGAGGAACUGGUUCAGUGUAGCCACUGUAAUAAAGAGGUGGCCAAGGUGAACCUUCCUGUACAUGAAGCUCAUUGCCAGCGGUUCCUCUGCCUGUGUUCUGACUGUGAUGAGUUGGUGCCUAAGGAUCAGCUUGAAGAGCAUCGGGUGGAACAACACACAGUGGUGAGAUGUAAAAUGUGUGAUAAGAAGAUGCAGAGGUACAAGCUGCCAAACCAUGAGACAAAUGAGUGCAGAGAGAGGCCUCAGGUCUGUGAGUUCUGUGAGCUGGAUCUGCCUCUGAGCGCUCUGGAGGAGCACGUUAUGACCUGUGGAAGUCGGACAGAACGCUGUCCAGACUGUAAGCAGUUCGUCACCCUGAAAGACCAGAAAAAACAUGCCCAGAUCUGUCCCUCUGCGCUCUCUGAGGACGACAGCCACAGUGAGGAGGAAUCCACUUAUGGAGCUAUGAAGCCUGCGCCAAUUAAUAAUUUGCAGGAUGAUCAGAAGCUUAAGAAUCCGUACUUCACGGCUGACUCUGGGUCUGACUCUGAGAAUGAAGAAAAUAAAGAACCUCCAGACUUCACUUUCUCAUCUCACUACAUGAGUAAGGGGGGUGGUGCUGCUGGAUUUGUAGACUUGGACCAGAUCCGUACCUGUCCCAACUGUCACCUGGCACUUCCACUACAGACACUGCAAUGGCACGAGGAAAAAUGCAAGAUUUUUGAAAGCUUGAAACUGAUCGACUGAGACAGAGAACACAAUUAUUCUUUUUACAGUACAAACCCCUUUAACAUCACUGGACAGUGACCUCAUCAUUAGUAAUGGAGCUGGUUUGGGCAAAAAAGGGGAUUUAAUGCACUCCACACCAACCAAUAUCUGCACUCUGCAAUUAACAGCAACUAUCAAACGGAGAAGAAGGAAGAAAGAGGAGAAGAAGUCUUUUCUAUGGGUCUAUUCAUCAUAAAAAUUUUACACAUAAAAAAAACAGCUGUCCGAUUUACCAUGUGUUAAAAAUUAAGGCAACAAAAUGUAUACUCUAACUUUAUAUCUACUUUAAGAAAUAUUUUUAUUAGAUUUUUAUAUGAUUAUUAUGAAUUAAAUAGUAAACUAGUGAUUAUGUGAAAGAAAUUUAAAAAGUGCAUUUUAAAAAGUGCAAUAUACAUUGGCAUACCAAAAGUCAUGGGCCAGAAAGUAGUAUCAUGUCCCAAGAAGCUAAAGAAUUCUGCACUGAUCUGUGGGAUGUGUGUGUAAGUUAUCCAGCAUUGAAAAUGAAUGUUGUUUUUGCUAAAGCUCAACCUCACAAGUUAACACCUCACAACUUGCACAGGUGCGGGCUUUCCCAAGAUGUCCCCUAAGGUAACACUUAAUCAUGAAUUUACACAUUGCUAUCCCAUGACUUUUGGAAUGUAUAAAAAACAAUGAAAGUAAAAAAAUGACACAAAUGCCAAAUGUAUAUAUUAUGUACUUUUAAAUAUUAGGUACUUUUUUUAUUAUUAUCAUUGUUAUAACAAAUUCUUAAAUGAUUGAAUGUAAUAGUAAGUUAGUAUGAAUUAAAAAUGUCAAUGAAUGUCAAAUAUGUUAAAAUGAUGACUUUUUAACAUGCAUUACAUGUUUUCUUUUUAAGUCACUUUUAAAUGCAAAAGUUAUCUAAUAAAUUGGAGAAUAAAAU